CGGCCCCGCCUCCUGCCGGCACUUCCCCACGGCCCGGGCAGGGCUGGGGCGGCUCCGCGGGCCGUGCCCGCCGUGCGGAGCUGCGGGAACACUUCCCGCCGCGGGAUCCCCCUCUUGCCUGCCCCGAGCGGCCCUGCGGCACCGGUGGCACAGCUCCUGCACAGUGAGCCCCGGAGCUCCCGCGAACCUCGGGCAAGCAGGAGCCCGCCUCGCCCGCCUCCCCAGCAUGAGGACGCCGACGGCGAUGAUCGUGGGACUGGUGCUGUGCCCCUGCGGGCUCCUGCUGACGCUCACGGGCACCCUGGCACCCAGCUGGAGGAAGGUGAGCCUCGUACCUAACCAGCCCAUGGACCUCGUCUGGGAGCAGGGCAUCUGGGACAUAUGCAGGGAGCGGCAGAGCACCCAUGACCGCCUCUGCGGGCAGGCUGACGAGCUGGGCUACUUUGAGGAGGUACCUGUGCGGGUGGCCCAAGGGCUGAUGCCCUCCUCGCUGGUGAUCACGCUCCUGGGCUUGGUGGUGGCUGCCCUGGGGGUUCGCUGCUGGCAAGAGGAGCCACGGCACCUGCUGGCUGGAGUGGCAGGGCUGGUGCUGCUUCUUUCGGGGCUGAUGAGCCUCGUGCCCACCUCCUUGUACACCCAUGAGCUGUGGGCACUGCCCGCACUGCCUGGCAGCACACUGGCUGUAGGCUACAGCUUGGUGCUGAGCUACUUGGGAAGCUGUCUGGAGAUCUUGGGGGGGCUGGCCCUUGCCCUCAGCUUCCACCAGUGCUGCAAGGAACGCAGGGCCCCCAAACUGUCCCCCAGCCCUGUGCUGGAGCCUGGGCUGUGCUCCACCAUUGGGGCUUACAGCAAUCCCUGGGACGUGUUGAAGGAUGAGCGAGAUGGACAGCACUGGAGGAACAAUCCACCUUGUGACUCAGACUUGUAGCCCCAGCACCAGGACAGCAGCCACCUGGCUGGCACUGAGAGCAGUGCUGGCUCCUGACCUACAAGCCAUGCCCUUCUCCUGGGGCACCUCAAAGCAGCCUGAAAACAAGACCAAGGACCUGGCUUGAAUCUCUGCAACUUCCUCAAAAGCCUGCUGUGCUCUAGGUCCUACAACUGUGCCAAAUCCACACUGGGUAGAGGGCUAUACAUAGCUCUGGUCCUCCAUGCAGCUUUUAACUCAUCCUCCUGCACCUGCACAGCAGCUUGGUCAGAGGCAGCUUCACUGUUCCCAUGUAAGCAAAGUAUAGGUUAGCACCAUGCAACCUUCAGGACUGAGAAUAGGGUAGGGGUGCACCUCCCACGUCUCUGCCCAACUCAGGACUGUGCAAACAGCAAAAUAAAUGCAAAGCAGUGGGUCUGUACUGUGGGAUGGUUACGGGCUUUCUGCCAGGCAGGCUCGGCUGAGAGCCAGUGGGCAUGGCUAACCCAGCCUCCCUGUGCUUUGCCUGAAGCAGGGAGGAAAAGUCUGUAAAAGUUUUAUGGCACCUUCUUAAAGGACUUUUUCCCCAUGGACAAAAUCAGCUCUGGUAGAGGUUUCUCCUUCCUUGAGCACAGCCACUUCAGGGGCGGGGGGAAAACCAACAAGGGAACACAGAGUACAAAAUAGCAUAUUCAACAUUAGCCUGGUAUGAUGUGGUAAAACUGGUCUCACUGGUUUGUAAGGGACAGUCAGGAGGUCAGAACUGGACUAUAAAAUCCUGAUCAACAUCUUGCAUAACAUGAUAAGAGCAAAGCCAGCUUCCUUGCAGAGCUAUUUGGCCAGAUUUCCACCCCAGGCAAGCCCAAAGCACCAUGGUCAGCAAGCUAAGCCUUGCUGCAGAGGGACAGUGGCUCAUGAUGCUCUUAGUGUGGUUAUAGGAUAGUACAGGAUGCAUCCUGCAACAGGGGAUCAGAUUCAGGUGGCUCAGAGUGUGUUGGGAUUGGAGACUUCCUGAUAAACCUCCCGAACCUUUUUCCUCUGGACUCUUAUGUUCCCUAGAGCUUAGACAUCGUGAAAGAGCAAACCUCCCCAGCCCACACACAAACGACAGCGGCACAAGAGAUGCUGCACAACAUUCCUUUAUGAAAAUACAGUGUUGGGGUGAGAUGGUCCCUUCCUUGGCAGGGCUGGCAGCUCCUGCAGAGAUCAUAGAUGGGUGCGUGAGGGGUGAGUCUGAGCCAGCUUCUCUGAGCCCACCCCACACUUUAUCACAGGGGCUCCAGCCACACUGGAGCUGGACAGCCCUUUCAGACACCAGGCACCCCAGAUGUUGUCCCUCUCCUCCAGGAGGGCAGAGCUUGCCUCAGGAGUGGGCACCAUGCCAGCACUGGGCCUUGGGGCACCCCAGGGUGGCAGGGGUGACCCUACCAGGGCCUGCUCCUGUUGUUACUCACCUCUUUCCCAUCG